CCGGGGUGGGCGUGGCUGGGCCACGGGAUCGCCCCGCCCCUAUUUGCGGGGUCCUCUCGCACAUCUGAAGUUCUGCUUCCCUCCGCGUCCACGGCGGAAACCCGGCCAGAGCGCGGACUUCCACCCCAGCGUCGUAUUCUGACCCGGUUGACGUCGCCUUGUCCCGCCCCUGAAAACGGAAUUGAAGUCCUCCGAGAACGAGCGAGACGGUGUGACGAGUCCAGAGGCAGCACAGGUGGCAGAUUUAACCCCUUCUCUUGUGAGUCAUGGUAGCACCCAUGCAGGGCCAAGUGUGCGUGGUGACAGGUGCUUCCAGGGGUAUUGGCCGUGGCAUCGCUUUACAGCUCUGCGAAGCAGGUGCCACAGUUUACAUCACUGGCCGCCAUCUUGACACGCUGCAGGUCACUGCCCAGGAGGCACAAUCCCGAGGGGGCCGGUGUGUGCCUGUGGUGUGUGAUUCAAGCCAGGAGAGUGAAGUGCAAAGCCUAUUUCAGCAGGUGGCUCGAGAACAGCAGGGGCGUCUAGAUGUGCUGGUCAACAACGCCUAUGCUGGUGUCCAGGCGAUCAUAAACAAUAGGAAGAAGGCAUUCUGGGAAAGCCCUGCCUCCUUUUGGGAUGAUGUCAACAACGUGGGACUCAGAGGCCACUACUUGUGCUCGGUGUAUGCAGCACGGCUGAUGGUACCAGCUGGCCGGGGGCUCAUCGUGAUCAUCUCCUCCAUUGGGGGGCUGCAGUAUUUCUUCAGUGUCCCCUAUGGUGUGGGCAAAGCUGCGUGCGACAGGCUGGCUGCCGACUGUGCCCAGGAGCUGCGGCGCCACGGGGUCAGCUACGUGUCUCUGUGGCCAGGGUUGGUGCAGACAGAAACGCUGAAGGAGUACAUGACAAAGGGUGACACUGCUGAUGACCACAUGAUUGAGCAGAUCAAAUUGCCAUUCUCAUCCGCGGAGACCACAGAAAUGAGUGGCAAAUGUGUGGUGGCACUGGCAACAGACCCCAAUAUCCUGAGCCUGAGCGGGAAGGUGCUGCCAUCCUGUGACCUGGCGCGGCGCUAUGGCCUACGGGACGUGGAUGGCCGCCCCGUCCAGGACUACUUGUCUGUGAGCUCUGUUCUCUCCUACAUCCCCAGCCUGAGCUGGAUGGCCUCCUUCUUGCCCAGCUUCCUCCGAAUGCCCAAGUGGCUUAUGACCCUGUACACUAGCAAGUUCUAACCAUCCUGGCUGGACACCACUCUGCUUCCCUUCAGACUGAGUGGUCAGCCUGUCUCUGUGGAGUCGGGCAACCUUUCCCCCCUGUCUGCUGAUACCCCUGAUCUGAAGAGAAGGCCUCUGCCAUGCGUCCUGGCUGAGCCCUAGGGACCUCUUGAGGUCCUUCUUCAGGUUUUCCUUGCCCCUGCCUUUUACUUUUUGCCUUGGUAUGGAAAAAUGCUCUAGGGGCUAAUAAAGGGUUCUCCUCCA